AUGACCGAGAAACGUGGAAGAGUCGUCACUUCCAAGCCUACGAGGCAGGGGUGCCGCACAUGCCGGCAGAGCACCCUGUAUUCAUUGCCGGCAUGUCUGUCCGCUGAUUCAUUCCUAGGCUACGUCGUAUCAAAUGCGACGAGACUAGACCUCGAUGUAAUCGAUGUACGUCGAGCGGUAGACUUUGUGCAGGGUACAUACCCACCUACAGGAUCUCCUCGUAGUAGUUUUACCGCACGCCAACUUCUACCUUUAGAGGCUCAAGGCCCCAGCUUGUGCUCUAUGCCAUCCCUGACGCUCGAUACGACGGACUACGAACGCUAUGCCUUCGACUACUUCCGCAGGACUACCGCUCGUCAGAUGCACCUCAACACUCCCCGAGCUUGGAUGACUCGACUAGUUCUACGCUUAAGUCACGAGAUCCCCGUGUUCCGCGCAAUAGCAGCUCUAGGAGGCAUACAUCGAGGGUUGGUACAGAUUACGCAUGUUGGCUUUGUGCAUACUUUCCUCGAGGACCGCAAUACAUUGCAUCAGUACGGUAAAGCUAUCGUUGCUCUCGAACCGCACAUUGGCGAAUUAUAUUCACGUUUCACUCCGGUUCUGGAGACGGUCUUAUGCGCCUGUAUUCUACUUGCUGCUUGUGAGAUAGUGAAGAGCGAUACCACCGCGGCCAUCUCUCAUCUACGCUUCGGCAACAGGGUCUUCUUGGAUUAUGAUCCCACAAAGCAGACUGGGAUGCUUUACGAAACGGAGACAUCCAAAACUUUGAUAUCGACUUUCAAGUUGCUUCAAGCGAACGGCAUCCUCCUGGAGACAAGAUCUGCUGAGAGCUGCUCUUCAAUUCCAAGCUCUCCGAUGUCUUCGCCUCCACCAUCGGAUCUUGAGACCCUCCGAGUGACGCUUGAACGAUUGACGACCGAGGAGCGCGAUUUACGCACGGAUCUGCUGCGCAUGGCACAAGCCGACGCUUCUCAAGACCUGACUGGAAAGAAUAUCCUGGAGAAAUGUCUACUUUAG